GGUUGUGUUAGAUAAUGGCUUAUAGUGACGAAAAUUCCCGCCAUAAGGGCACCGUUUUAAUCGGAACAAUAGAGCCUUAUGUAGUUGGUUCAUCUUUUUUAAAUUAUGCUGAAAGGCUUGACUAUUUGUUCCAAGUUAAUGGCAUUACUGACGCUGCUAGACAGAAGGCUCUUUUCGUAACUUUGAGUGGGCCUGCUGUAUAUGAAGAACUUAAGCUUCUGUAUCCUUCAUCGGAAGAUCUUAAGUUAGUUUCUUAUGCUGAUAUUUCUAAAAAACUUAGAGAGCGCUUUGAUAGGGUUGAGUCAGACCUUAUUCAAAGAUACAAAUUCUAUAAUAGAGUGCAAGGACCUAACGAAAGGGCAGAGGACUUUGUGCUUGCGGUGAAACUGCAAGCCGAGUUCUGUGCCUUUGGUGAUUUUCGGGAAACGGCUAUCCGCGAUAAAUUGGUCAUGGGAGUUGCCGAUGGAAAACUCCAAGAAAAGCUCUUGAACGAGGACAAUCUCAGUUUGGCAAUGGCAGAGAAGAUGAUUGUCAACUGGGAGUUGGCUGGUUCUCGGGCUAGAAUGAUCAAUGAUCGUCAGGGUGGCCAAAUUGCAUCCGUUAAAAGCCGUUUAGGUCGGAGAGAUUUACAUGAUAGGAAUAUGAGUCAUAGUAGAAGCAGAAGUCGUAGUAAUGUUCAUAAACGGAGGUGGCAAAGCAGGAGUACGGAACGGAAGCGGACUGGGCGUUAUGCGGAUUUAGUCUGUGACUUUUGUGGCAUUAAGGGCCACAUCAAGAGGUCUUGUUUUAAACGUAAAAGAAUGCAGAAGAACUCUGUUAAAUUUAUAGACGACAAGAAGAACCUGAGUUUCGGUGACGACAAAAUAGCUGAUUUGUUUGAGCGGCUAAAAGCGGGCAUGAAUGACACGGACAGUGAUAGUGAUUCAGGUAUCUGUUGGAAACGUGGUCGUCACGGCGCAUCGUAACCAGCUUAAGCUACCAAAGAACACAACUGCUAAGGCGAGCGGAAUCCUAUUCCCUUACGCUAGCAGUCAUGAUGAGGCGCGCACUGAAGGAAGCUACAGUCGCAAGCGAGAUUUUCGCUCAUCGAGUUUUUACGAAAAAGAAAAUUGUCGAGGAUUUGAGGAACCAGUCAUCAAAUGCCGGAGAUUUUCUGGAUCAUUGGAUGGCGAUCGAGAUGAAGCAGCAGAAAUAAAAACUCCUACCUUAAGGAGAUCGAAUCGACUGAAAAAGGCGAAAAUAGAAAGGAAUUUUGUUUACUAUCGAAGAAAACAAUGAAAUGUUUAAUCAUAAAUAUUAUUUAAAAUAUUUUCAAUUUGUAAAAAUUUAAGAUCACUUUUGAAAAUCAUUUGUACAUUGUAAACACUUAAGGGGUAAGAGUUGUAAUG